AUAUAAACAUCGCCCACCCGCCGGUGGCCAUUGCCUUCAAACUGUUCUUCUCUUCCUGGUCUGGCCUUUUAGUCUCUUCUCCCAAUCUUGUUUUACUUACUAGUUUGAGAUAGUUAGUAUUCGUUUUUGUGAGUUGGCAUCCAUGGCUUGUCUAAAUAACAUUUGCAAAGAGGUUGGUGAUUUUUUCUUUCUUCUUUUGGUCAUCCCGCAUCAGCAAGCUGCUAGAUCAUGAUAGAAGCGGAUGACCCUUGGCGGAAGGCCUUUUCAUGAGGGGGUUUCUGCUAAUAUUUUAUCUAUAUGAAAUGGGGUCCUCUAUUUUAGUACCAUUUCUGUUGAUGUUAUUUCUUCCCGCAAGCUAGCGAACCUCACACCAUAUAUAUAUCACACAAGAAUAGCAUAAAGCUGUGCUGCGUGCCAUGAGAUAUUUGCUAUGCCUUGGGAUUUGCUUUCGCCUUUUCACCUUUCCUAUAUUCUCGUAUAAUCUGCGUUUCUAGGGUCGGAGACAACAAAUGAAAGAAAACAAAAGGAUCAAAAGAUUUUUCUUUCGUUCUUUCUUUUUUCUGUAUACUACUACUAUGUGAUAACCAUAUGUUAUUUAUAUAUUUAAUAGGUAGAUAUAACUUGUUUAUUCGUGCAAGAAAGGGUAUAAUUUAACAGAUAUAUAUAGGAUAUGAAACGCAGAGUCCACUAAAUCAAAACAGUGUCAAUUUUGUACUAAAAUGAGAUGUUCUGGCUUGAAGCCGGUGGUUUGCGUAUCUUCUUCUUGUUUCAUUUUAACUAGUAACGAUUCGAUACAUAUGGUGGCAUUGGAUUUCCACUAGUUAAUUAGUAUUAGGAUUUGUUUGUCCUGGACGAAGAAGGAAAUUUCUAUUUUCCCUCUUUUUAGAACAAAAUUUUGGAGUAUAGUCAGAGAAAGUUUAUAAUUUGAAGCACCCUAUAUAUGGAUGAUUAUAGAAAAUAGAUUAUACACUUGAUCAAAAUAAGCUUUCAACAAGAAGAUUUUAAAUAUUUCUACGGUUGUGAUUUAUUAAAGUGCUUAACUAACUAGUUGAGAAAAUAGAUGCUCGUGUAUAUGUUAGGCACUAUUCAGUAUCUCCAUGUUAUCGUGGAACUGUUUACGGUCAUACAAAAUAGUUUUUCUUGAAUACUGCGACUUUUGUCUUAGGCUGCUAGACUGUGUUGCAUCUACAUCGCAAGGAAUUAAUUGGUUCCAGGUCCAGCAAAGAAUAAAAGAAAAGUCCUCUUGGAUCAGAAUUUUAACACCAUUAUUUUUAAUUUACGAACUAGAUCUCUAAACACAGGGAAUCAAGCUCAUUAAUUAAUUCUUAGUUCAAUAAAGAAUUGUCGGACAUUAUUAUUCUACGUCUAGCAUCUUCUUUCAAUUUUCUUUUUUAUUAUUAUUAUCCUUAAAAUUACAGAUAAUGAAGCUGUUAUACGUUUAAAUUAUCAGGUGAGCAUGAGAGAAGAGAUGAUAAAGGACAGAGAGUCAUAUACCUUAGAUGGAGCUGUGGAUCGACAUGUGUCCUGAUCGAUCGGACUGGUGCAUAUCCAACAUACGGAACUUGACUUGAGCAUUCUACUUCUAGUUAAUCAAGGGCUGGCAACAUUGGCAUUCUUUGGAGUUGGGGUCAACCUGGUGUUAUUCUUAACGAGGGUGCUGGGCCAGGACAACGCGGAAGCUGCAAACAACGUCAGCAAAUGGACUGGGACGGUCUACAUUUUCUCUUUGCUUGGUGCCUUUCUUAGUGACUCUUACUGGGGAAGGUACAAGACUUGUGCCAUAUUCCAGGCUGUCUUUGUUGUUGGUUUGGCGUUGUUAUCGGUUUCAACCUCUGUAUUCUUACUCAAGCCUAGCGGCUGUGGUGAUGAAGACACUCCAUGCGGAUCUCACUCCGCUUUCCAGAUCGUGUUCUUCUACUUUGCCAUAUACCUCGUAGCCCUUGGGAACGGAGGUUACCAGCCUAACAUCGCCACUUUUGGGGCUGAUCAGUUUGAUGAGGAAGACCCCAAAGAAGGGCACUCAAAAAUAGCCUUCUUCAGCUACUUUUACUGCUUGAACCUUGGAUCACUCUUUUCAAACACCAUAUUGGGCUAUUUUGAGGAUCAGGGCAUGUGGGUACUUGGAUUUUGGGCAUCCGCUGCCUCUGCCUUUGUGGCGUUAGUCCUGUUUCUGAUCGGGACACCCAGGUAUAGACACUUCAAACCUACGGGCAACCCUCUCUCAAGGUUUUGCCAAGUAUUGGUUGCUGCAACAAGAAAAUGGAAGGUUCAGAUGACCGGAGGAGAGAAUUUGUUUGAAGUGGAAAAAAAUGAAUCUGCCACGAAUGGGGCUAGAAAGAUACUCCACACAGAAGGCUUCAGGUUUUUGGAUAGAGCAGCAAUUAUGACACCCAGGGAUUAUGCUGAUGGGCAAGAGAAAAAUAUCGAUGGUCGCAAUCCAUGGUCACUCUGCACGGUAACACCAGUUGAAGAAGUCAAAUGCAUACUGAGACUCCUCCCAAUAUGGCUAUGCACCAUACUCUACUCUGUGGUUUUCACUCAAAUGGCAUCACUCUUUGUAGAACAAGGAGCUGCCAUGAAAACUACAAUUUCAAACUUCCACAUCCCAGCGGCGAGCAUGUCUAGUUUUGACAUACUCAGUGUGGCAACAUUCAUUUUCAUUUACAGGCGAGUUCUUGACCCUAUUGUUGCAAGAAUAAAGACAAAACCAAAAGGCCUCACCCUCCAGAGGAUGGGGAUUGGCCUUGUUAUAGCUAUACUGGCAAUGGUCUCAGCUGGAAUUGUAGAGCUUUUCAGAUUAAAGCACGCAAACAAAGAUUGCCCGAGCUGUGAAAAUGCCAGCUCUUUGAGCAUAUUCUGGCAAGUUCCUCAGUAUAUGCUUAUAGGAGCAUCUGAGGUCUUCAUGUAUGUUGGUCAAUUAGAGUUCUUUAACGGGCAGGCACCAGAUGGGUUAAAGAGCUUUGGAAGUGCACUUUGCAUGACAUCCAUAUCACUGGGGAAUUACGUGAGUAGCUUGCUAGUGACAAUUGUUAUGAAAAUAUCUACAAGAGAUGAAAUGCCUGGAUGGAUCCCAGGAAACCUCAACAGAGGCCAUCUAGACAGAUUUUAUUUCCUGUUAGCAGCUUUGACAACAGCUGAUCUAGUGGUGUACAUAAUUUGCGCCAAGUGGUAUAAAUAUAUUAAGUUCGAAGAAAGGAGUGGAGAAGAUAAUAGCAAUGAUAGGCAGGCAGCAGCAGAGCUUAAAGUUUAAGGAGUAUGUUUGGUCAAUGGUGUCAUGGUGUUUGCUUGCGCUGGACUGUUUUGAAGAUCAAUGCCAUGUUAAUUGUGUUGUGAUAUAAAUAAAGCACAAGAAAAGGACUGUGGAUUGUGGAAGAAAAGAAGUCGUUCGGCUUCUGCGAUGAAACUGGAGAAAUUAAUGGCCUUUUUCAUUUCUCUAUGUCGAGCAUUGAGCAUUAUUAUUAUAAUUAUAAAAGACAAGAGUUCAUGAGUGGCAACCUGCAGCAGCAGAUAUAGAUAUGUUCACAUUCAUAUUCUACUUUUUAUUUCCUUUUCCUGGCCUGUGGCCGCUAGCUUAAUGUAUUCAUAAUUGUACCCUAUGCUAUUCAUCUAUAACUAGUACAUUUUUUGCUGCAAAUUGUAGUCGUAA